AUGAAGAUUCUCUUCUAUAUUUGUAUUCUCUUCUCUACUUCAAUCGCUUUAGAAAAGAAAGAAUUCGUGAUCGAUGGGAAAGUGUCGUUGGAGGGUUUAUGGGCCGAGUUCGAAGAGCUCUUUGAGCCCGGUGCGCCCGGGUCGUUACGCCCGGGUCUUUACGCCUGCUCAGGAUGGUGCAGAUGGGUGACAAUUUUGAAGGGUCCCAACCAUUUGAGGAAUCAACGACUUCACCGUCAGAAGAUUGGCAGCUCAACCUUAGUCCAU